AUGGAGAGCUCAUCGUCAUCUGAUCAGGUCAAAAAUGUUGAUUGGAUCAGCAAACUCCCCGACGAUGUAUUGCUGGUGAUACUAUCGAGACUAUCUACAGAAGAAGCCAUUAGGACAAGUAUUGUGUCGAAACGAUGGGAACAUGCGUGGAAGCAAAUGUCUCAUCUGGUCCUAGACAUGCAAAGGCUUAUCGAUGACAAAGAGCCGCUUGAUAGUUCCAUUCGAGCUGCUACAUUGUUGACCAAGGUUUUAAACAAUCACAAUGGACAUCUUGAGAGCUGCGUGAUCGACCAUUUCUCAUACCACGGUACAAAUGGAAUGCUCAAUGCUUGGAUUCGGUUGUCGACUUGCGUGAAACACACCAAAUCUCUCACACUCACACACCAUUUUGAUAGCUUGGAACGAACGAAAGCUUUUAACGUUCUCUCAGAUUGCUUCUCUCAUCCAAGCCUUACGUCACUCUCACUACAAGGAUACAUUCUCGAUACCUCACAUUGUUUCAACAACUGCCAAAACCUCAAGACCCUCAAACUCCAUUUUAUCAUGGGCCUCGAGGUUGGAGUCUUCAACAGAGUACUCGCAUUUUGCCCUUCUCUCCAAGUGCUUGUGCUACACGUCACUUGCUUCAAAAGAUGUACCGGGGGUCCGUUGAAGAUCGAGAACAAGAAAUUAAAGAUCUUCCAAGUGUUGUCUUGCAAAGACAUUGUUGGCUUUAGAGUGUCAGCACCUUGUCUAGAUAUUCUCGCCAUCAGAAAUACCUCUUUUAGUAGAGAUGGAUUGGUCCUCACGUCACCUCGACUCCAUGAGUUUAAUAGAAUUUCAUGGAGAAACAAGCCUCACAUCAGCUACAACAUAUCAAAGGAGAGAAAAAGCAUUGUGCAUGAAGAAUUUGUGAACAUAUGUGGUGAGUUGUUGAUGGAGACUCCAUCCUUGUCGGUGAGUGUAGAUUUAAUGAAUCCGACAGAAGUUGAGAGGUUAAGACAAGUCUUGCGUUUAUGGACUUGUAAAAUGAACGAGCUCGAGAUCUUGUUUAAGAAUAACAAUGCUCAUAGAGAAGAAGAAGAAGAAGAGUACUCAUCACAGAAGAAGUUGUGGGAGGAUAAUAAUAACGAAGAUCCGUUCCCCAAUGCUGAGUUUCGUGUGGAUACUGUGUGGAUGCAUAACUUCAGCGGUUCAGAGGAAGAGUUUGCGUUAGCGUCACGUUUGAUUAGGCAAGGGACAGUGGUAAAGCAGAUGAUGAUCAAGACGACCUCAUUUCCUGCAAGGAAGAAGUUGGAGAUAGAAACGGCAGUAGCCAAGCUACAAACACUUCAAAGGAAAGAUCAAUGGGAGCUAACCAUCGAAUGUUUCUAA